AUGAAUACUCACCGUUGUAAUCCCAGAAUCCCAGAUCAUCCGAUAUUCUAUAUCAAUGCGCGUAAUUUGACGACCAACAAAGCUUCUGCUGAUACCGCAGCAGAUUUGAAUUGUCAUUUAUUUGAUCAUUCGUGCCACUGGACCAAUAGUUAUUUUUCGAAUUUCACGUGGUAUGGAGCUGAUCAUCCAAUACAUGAUUUCCUAAUGCAGAUUGCUACAGGCAGUCGUAGUGCACCAGUGGAUGGAUACGCAAUAGUAACUGCGAACGAAUCGUAUGAACCAGAUGCUAAUGCAAUUUUGGAGAGCCCUAUUAUUAAAUGUCAAGCCGGGAAAGGAAUAUUAUCAUUUGAAUAUUGGAUAAGUAUGGGUGUCAAACUUGAAGUUUGUACAGAAUUCUUGGAUAAUUGGGAUAUUAAGUGCGUUCAAAUCAACCCAACAGCAACCAUAUGGCAUCAGUACGCACAUGUGGAGAUUCCUAAUAAUGACAAUUGUUCAUUGAUGAUUUCUAUCAGAUUAUCGAAUUUUGUCUACAAUUCAGCAUUUAUGAAGAUAGGAUUCGGCGUUAUUGAUAAUAUUAAGUAUCAAGCUACUUUGUGCGAUCCAUCAGCAAGUUGUUCAAUAACAACGCCGCACUAUGACGUAUUUGAGGACACUACGCUAUCCCCUGUUGAGACCAGAGAACCAGCGCCUACAACAGCAAGAACAAUUAAUGAACCAACUACUGAGCCAAAUGCAAUUUCAAGCACUGAAAACCACGAAAACCAAAUUGGAACGGAUCACUGUCCAGUAAUUACAAUAUAUGUAACUGAGCCUUCAACCGUAACAACAGCAAGUACGAUAGAGGCCGAAAUUGAAGGUUAUGAAGACGAUACUGAAAAUGGAGGUAGUGCAGAAAAUGUUAGUGAUGCUCCAUCUUAUAAUGAUGAAGAGAUCAAACCAGAUGUUAAUGCUGGUAAUAAUGUGAAUAACAGCGCAGUAACCCAGCCACCGGCUAAUGAAGCUACUUUUGUUCCGCUUAUGCCUUUCCACUAUGACGAUGAAAGCACCGAUCAAGCUCCUCCUGAUCCUUCCUUCCUUGAUUACAGUAGUAAUGACGAUGAUACGGAUGAUAACUGA